UGGUUUGGCGGCUGGGGUUGGUAAGGUCGGGCCAUGGUGGGGCAGAGGUUGGAAGAUGGCGUGGCGAGGCUGGGCGCAGAGAGGCUGGGGUUGUGGCCAGGCGUGGGCUCCACUGGUGAGCGGCCGCAGCGGCGAGGAGGUCACUGUGGCCCUAGCCCCGCCACGGCUGUUCGGACGCAGGUUUAACUUCUUUAUUCAGCAAAAAUGUGGAUUCAGAAAAGCACCCCGGAAGGUUGAACCUCGAAGAUCAGACACAGGGACAAGUGGGACAGCAUACAAAAGAAGUGUUUUGAUUCCUCCUGUGGAAGAAACAGCCUUUUAUCCUUCUCCCCAUCCUCUAAGGACUCUUGUAAAACCUUUAUUUUUUACUGUUGGGUUUACAGGCUGUGCAUUUGGAUCAGCUGCUAUUUGGCAAUAUGAAUCACUGAAAUCCAGGGUCCAGAGUUAUUUUGAUGGUAUAAAAGCUGAUUGGUUGGAUAGCAUAAGACCACAGAAAGAAGGAGACUUCAGAAAGGAGAUUAACAAGUUGUGGAAUAACCUUAGUGAUGGCCAGCGGACUGUGACAGGUAUCAUAGCUGCAAAUGUCUUCGUAUUCUGUUUAUGGAGAGUACCUGCUUUACAGAGGACAAUGAUCAGAUAUUUCACAUCUAAUCCAGCCUCAAAGGUCCUUUGUUCUCCAAUGUUGCUCUCAACGUUCAGCCAUUUCUCCUUACUUCACAUGACAGCAAAUAUGUAUGUUUUGUGGAGUUUCUCCUCCAGCAUAGUGAACAUUCUGGGUCAAGAGCAGUUCAUGGCAGUGUACCUGUCUGCAGGUGUUAUUUCCAAUUUUGUCAGUUACAUGUGUAAAGUUUCCACAGGAAGAUAUGGACCAUCACUUGGUGCAUCUGGUGCAAUCAUGACCGUCCUCGCAGCUGUCUGCACUAAGAUCCCAGAAGGGAGGCUCGCCAUUAUCUUCCUUCCGAUGUUCACCUUCACAGCAGGGAAUGCCCUAAAAGCCAUUAUUGCCAUGGAUACAGUGGGGAUGAUCCUGGGAUGGAAAUUUUUUGAUCAUGCAGCACAUCUUGGGGGAGCUCUCUUUGGAAUAUGGUAUGUUACUUAUGGUUAUGAACUCAUUUGGAAGAACAGGGAGCCUCUAGUGAAAAUCUGGCAUGAAAUGAGGACUAAUGGCCCCAAAAAAGGUGGUGGCUCUAAGUAAAACUGGGCUUGGACAGUACUGGAGCAUCUGGGCCACGCUGCCUGGGAGCCCCAGGAGCACCUGGGCCCGGGAGUGACCACGUCUGUGCUCCGGCUUGGAAGACACCUGCAUCUGGACUCCCCACGAUUUAAACCGUGUCCCCCAGUCCAUGUCUUACUAUAAAGUGAAUUAUGACAAAGUUGGAAAUAAAGGUUUAUAUCUCUAGUUUGUAAGCGGA